ACUCACUCUGCGAGUUCUGGUCCGUCCAGCUAGCGCUAAAGUUCUUGUGCUCACGUGAAGAUGAAAGUGUUCGUUGUGUUGUCCGCCCUCGUGGCCUUCGCCGCCGCCGCGCCCUCAGGAGCCGCCAUCCUGGCCGCACCCACGAUCUACGCCGCCGGCCCGCUCGUCAGCCAGUACCACUCUCAGGACGAACUCGGUCAGUACUCGUACGGCUACAGCGGCGGCCCGUCGGCCAAGACUGAGACCAAGACCUUCGACGGAAUCACGCGCGGCGCCUACAGCUACAUCGACGCCAACGGCCUCCUGCAGUCCGUGGAGUACACCGCCGACCCACUGAACGGAUUCCGCGCCGCCGCCACCAACCUGCCCGUGGCGCCUGUCGACACCAACGUCGCCCCCGAGCCCGUCCAGGACACACCUGAGGUCGUGGCCGCGCGUGCCCAGCACCUGGCCGCCAUCGAUGAGGCCAAGAUCAAGAGCGCCGAGCUGCCCGUGGUGGAGACCAAGAUCCUGAAGGAGGCCGAAGUCAUCGCGCCUGUGACCCGCCUUGCCGCCCCCAUCGCCGCCCCGCUGGCCGCCCCAGUGCUGCUGCGUGCCUCUGAAACCAUCCCAGCGCGCUUCGGCUACGCCUACACGGCGCCGUCCUACUACGCUGCUCCCUACGCUGCGCCAUACGCCGCGCCCUACAACUUCGCCUACUCCACCCACGGCCCCCUGUUCCAGCGCGCCUACCCCUGGGCCCUGCCCGCCGUGCUGCCCGGUGCUCCCUUCGCCCCAAUUGCGCCCAUCGCGCCCGUCAUUGCGCCCGCCGAGGCGGAGAAGCCAAAGGAGGACGCCGUGGUCGUGGAGGCCAAGUCCAGCCAAUAAACCCCAAUCCGACUGACUGACCUGUCCCAGCGUCAACGAAUCACUCCACAACUUCCCUCCAGGCCCACAAUCGUUGAGAUCCAACAGACAACACUCUGCUUUCUGAGUUUAAACUGCCAAGACGAAUAAAUAUCCGAACAGAAUUUGUGUAGAGAAACGAAAAUCUGUGGUCUUUUAUCUUC